AAAUAAUUUCAUUUUUGCGUAAAACUUGUCAUUGACCCAGUGAAACAGUGUUGAGUCAAUAAAAAAUGUCAAAGAAAAACAAAAUGCACUGCAAAAUUUUCGGACUCUUCGUGUUCAUUGCGACAAUUUUGAUAAUGGCUCCAACUACAUUGGCCCAGUGUAUUGCCAACAGGAACGGUUGUCAACCUGACGGAAGUCAAGGAAGAUGUUGCUCUGGUAAUUGCUACAAGGAAGCAGGAUGGGUCGCUGGAUAUUGCCGUUGAAAUUAUAAAAAAAAUCUAAUUGAAAUUCAAAAUGGAAAAUAACCGAUGGAUUAUUUGCUUUCUUUACUUUUUUUCCAAAAAUUU